AUGACGAUUGGUCAACAAAGCAACCAUAUGUAUCUGCCCCCAUUUCCGAAAGGAAAGAAGAGAGUAGAGCCAGAAGAAGAGAAGGGGUAUGAAAGCAACAACGUUUGCGAUAUAACAACUGCAGCUUUUUCCUUCUCGAAGGGAUAUCCGGAGGAAAUUGGUUCUUUGAAACGAGUGCUGCAAAGCGUUGAAGCUUGGGCAACAGUUCGGCGGCUGCUUGCCAAACCAUGCGAAAAACCCAACGAACUGGAAGCUGACCUGUGGACUGCGCACACGGCUAUGUUUGGAAAUAUGUAUGAGUGA